UUCCGAUUGAUUACUUCGACAUGUUAGAGAUUUUAAUGGUUAGUAAAUUUCUAAAUUGUAUGCUGGUAAUACUGCGCGCUACUACUAUCAUCUAGUGACACUGUAUAUGUGAGGUUAUUUGUAAAAGUAAGGAAAUUAUCCUGCCAAGAUGAGUUUUUUAAAUUUAUUGCCUAUAUUUUCACGAUUAUCUGUACAUACUGUAUCUGGCAUUCGAAAUAUAUCGGCAUGCACUAAUCCAUUGUACUUCAAAGUUAGUAAUGCGCUCUUGGGAGAACCAUUGAAAAAAAAGAAAAAAUUAGAUCCCGCGAUUAUCAGGGCACGAGAGGAAAGAAAAAAAAAAAAGUUAGAAAAGCAAAUUCGUAAAUUAGAGAAAGCCACCAAACAAUUGAAACCAGUCUCUGAACUAGAAAUACCAUUGAAGUUAAUAGAUGAAAAAAAAAAAAGGUUGCGACAGCUUCCAAAGCUAUCAGAAGAGGAAGUAGAAUCUAGAAUCUUAUUGCAAAAAGAGUGGUCUAGAUAUAAAACUCAACAACAUUUAAAUAAUGUUCAGAUUAUAGAUUCUAUAUUCUAUUCGCAACAGAAAGCACUCGAUGAACUUAGAGCAGAAUCAGAACAACUAUAUCAAGAAGCAAUACACAGAGAUUUUAAACUUUUGCCAUAUACAGCUAAAGGUCCAUUAAAAACGCCAGCAAUAGAAAAUUACGAUAGUCCAGAUGGAAAUUAUAUAAAUAUGACUCGGAAAUUUGAUGGAGAGGAAUAAGUUUGAUGUGUAUGAAGAGGAUGAAUUACACUCUGUCAGAAAAUUCGUAUGUAAAUAAAGCAUAUAUUUUCAAAUCA